CCAGAGAAAAUAGAUUGUUUUAGAAUGACAAACCAAUGAUGUUCAUUUGUGUUACUUGAUGGCCAAAUCCCGUGUAGGUCAGACCCAUUCAACUCUUUUAUUUUAUAGUUAGCAGUUAGCCAUUAGAUACCAUUCAUUAGUUUAUUGUUAAAUUUUUUAUUUUUAACAAUAAAAAGGAGUAUUAUUUUUGUCUUUUCAUAUAUAUUUUUAUCACCACGGAGAAAUAAAAGGGCUUAAAAAAAAAAUUGACACUCUUGGACCAGUUUAAAUCCGCAUGUGUACGGUAAGUUGGCCCGUUCCACAGAGGAAAGAGAAAAAAAUCGACACUCCAUAUUCUACCCUUCCUACAAACGCUCAUGGAGCAGGGAAUUUGAAAUGAGGAAGAGUUUUUUCCUCCCUGCUAUUAUAUGUUUUUAAUUUAAAAAGAUAUAACAAAUCUACUUAGUGUGAUUGGUUAUAAUCCUUGCUUUUCUAUAAAAUAGUCAUGGUUCGAAUCCCAGUGCGUGUCUUUUUAAUGAAUAAAAAAAAGUUAUUGUGAAGACCAAGAUGUCCUUCUUACUUUCACUCUCGUGGCAGGAAAUUUGAAAUGGUGGGCGUAUUAUAUCUAUAGUAGAUAGAUAGACUCUUACCCCCGGACCGAAACCCAUGCUCAUCCUAAACAUUUCUUGAGAUUUUGUUUAAGUGUGCCAAAUGACUACCAUUAAUGGGGGAAAGCCGGUUAAAUGGAUUAAAAGAAGAGGAGGCCAGAGUCCAGCCAAACACCUGAUCAUGGGCCUGGGCAAUAUCUUUACAACAACUUGAGCCCACCUGAGAUCCACCAAAGCCGGCCCAAAUUCCGAUUACCACACAUGCUUAAAAACAGCACCAGAAGUCCAGAACCGCCCACUCAAUAGAAAGUCAUCAAGAUUAGAUAGACCAACCAUCGUCCUUUUCCCCCUUUCCGACAUCAACCCUUUUCUCCGCAUCACCAUUAUUCUAUUCAAGAGUUCAGACGUAUUCGUUGCAUUACAGUGGAAACGGGAAUAAAUGGCAAAGGAAAAUACAAGAAGGAGAAGUUGAUCUUGCCUUUCUCCUUCGUCUUCCUCCCUCUCUGUUUUUCUUCUUAAUCAACCAUCCAUAAUCCAUUCACCUACCCAAAAAACCAACCUUUACCCUUUACCAAACCCCACUUCUUCUGUCAACUAGCAAUUCAACAGUAAGCAGCCUCCAUGUUGCUCGUGGUUCCAUAUAUAAUUAUAUAUUCUAAUCAAAUACUUUGCUCUAAGGUCAUAUUCAAUAAUUUAAAUCUCAAUUAUAGACUUCCAUUGGUCAGCUCCCCUUUCCCCUGUUUUACUACACAUUAAUAAAUUCAGCAAAUCUCUGGCAGAACAGAAUAUGCCAGCUGAGACAGAAGUCGCAUUUACAGAGUAGUGGUUGGUUAACUUACUCCUCGCCAUGUCGGGAGAUUCAAUUCAUCAAAACUCCCACAAUAAGACGACGACUCCACUUCCGCAAUCGGCGGCAGCUUCUUCUUCUCCUUCUUCUUCUUCUUCUUCUCUGGCUGUGGUAACGACAAUGCAGAUAGAACACCCCGCCGCCGUCGCGUCGGCGCCCCUUUCUCCCAACCCCAAAACCAUGGCGCCGACUUGGUGGGCAGAGUCCAAAAACAUGUGGGAAAUUGCAGCUCCAGCUCUAAUUACCGAGGUUUCUCAAUUCUCAAUCAGCUUCGUCACCGCCGCAUUCGUCGGCCACCUGGGUUCCCUCCAGCUCGCCGCCGUCUCCAUCGUCCAGAACGUCCUCGAGACUUUCGUCUUCGGAUUCAUGUUGGGGAUGGGGAGCGCCCUCGAGACCCUAUGCGGGCAAGCAGUGGGAGCAGGGCAAACCCACAUGCUGGGAAUCUAUAUGCAGAGGUCAUGGAUAAUCUGUAUGGUCACAGCGCUCUGCCUGGCGCCGGUCUACAUUCUAGCUACCCCAAUUUUGAAGCUGCUUCAUCAGGACAAGCGAAUUUCGGAGCUGGCUGGGAAAUUCGCCAUCUGGGUUGUGCCCCAAUUGUUCCUGUACGCGCUCAAUUUCCCGCUGCAGAAGUUUCUUCAAGCACAGAGCAAAGUCUGGGUCUUGACUACGAUUUCGACCGUGGUGCUGGGAAUCCACGCGCUUCUCAACUGGAUUUUCGUCGCCAAGCUUGGUUAUGGCGUGGUUGGUGCCGCUGUGGUGGCGGACGUGUCUUGGCUGCUGGUGGUUUUGGGUCAGAUGAUUUAUGUGGUCUCUGGGUACUUCCCUGAAGCUUGGACCGGGUUUUCGAUGAAGGCUUUCAAGUCGCUUGGUGGGUUUGUGAAGCUGUCUCUUGCCUCUGCGAUUAUGUUGUGCUUGGAGCUGUGGUAUACCACGGUGGUGAUUCUGAUGGUUGGAUGGUUGAAGAACCCUGAAAUUGCUGUAGAUGCCAUUUCCAUCUGCAUGAACAUUCAGCUGUGGACAUUGAUGGUCGCUUUGGGAUUCAAUGCAGCAGUAAGCGUGCGUGUGUCGAACGAACUAGGAGCAGGCAACCACAAAGCUGCGAAGUUCUCAGUAAUGGUGACAGUCACAACUUCGACGAUACUAGGACUGAUCUUCGCCGCAGCAGUUCUUGCUACGAAGAACGAGUUCCCGAAGCUCUUCACUUCGAAGCCGGAGGUGAUCCACGAGGCGUCCAAGCUUGGUUACUUCUUGGCAGCCACAAUCUUCCUGGACAGCAUCCUGCCAGUACUCCACGGGGUAGCGGUUGGAGCAGGGUGGCAGUUUCAGGUUGCACUGAUUAACAUUGUGUGUUACUAUGUGUUUGGGCUGCCGAUCGGGGCUCUGCUUGGCUACAAGUUCGAGUACGGAGUGAAAGGGAUCUGGACCGGAAUGUUGGUUGGGAUUGUGCUUCAGAUUGGAUCUCUUGUUUACAUCAUCUACAGGACUAACUGGCAAAAAGAAGCGGCAGAUGCUGAAGAUAGGGUUAACAACUGGGGAGGGAAUUCUGAGCAGACACGGCAGGAGGAGAUUAUGUUAGAACCAAUAAGUGGAGUUGUGUUGGAAGGAAGAAACUCUAAUUAAAAGAGUUGGCUCAAAUUUUGACCUCAAUUGCACUCAGUUUUGGUUUUCUUUACUGAUGAUUUGAUUGAUGAUUGGGAAAAUCUGGAAGAAAUGUAUGGAUCAAUAUUCAACUCGAAGGGUUGUUCAUAGUGCAAAAAGAAAUGUAAUUUUGUAUUUACAAGAGGGUGAUGGAAUAGUAUGUCAAUACAUGUUCGAAUUAUUCGCAUAUCGUUGUUAUUUUAAAUUUUGUCUAGUUAUCCGUUGGAGUGAAGUUUGGAUUGACUUAUUAUAUUAUAGUUAUAAGUUGAUUGAGUUGCGGGAAAUUGAAUUAUGAUUCAGACUGGGUUGAGUUCAUUAAAUUAUGAGUUUGUAAGCUUAUAAGAUAGAUCAUAUUACAAAUUAGAAAAUUGGGGGAAAAUGAUCGAAUGUUAAAUAAACUUGUUUGGAAUGUGAUCUAAUGUAGAACGGAUCAAACUUAGGGGCACGACAUUAUUUAUUAGCUAGAUCCUUCAAUGCUCAAAUCAAAUGUGAGAAUAGGU